AUGGGAGGCUCUGACUUCUUCUGUUCGGUGACAGGAGCUCAUUAUCUCUGGGGCGUCGAAAAGGUAGCUGACGAUAUACUCGAAGCAGCGCAAGAUGCCGAGGAUUCGGAAGGGAGUGCAGAUGAGCUCGAUGACGAGGAGAACGGCCAAGAGGAGGGAGGUAGCCCUGUUAUGAAGCGUCCAAAGAAGAAGCUCGAGUCUCUUUCCGCGAAACUGAAGAACGGAUUACACUACUCGCAGGACGACGUCGAAUGGAGCUGCCAGUUUGUUAUCAUUUGCCCGUACGUGAGGGACGAGACUGGCGGACAGAUUAUACAGGCGGAAUAUGAGGACCCUCACCCCGAGCAUCCUUCGGAAGACAACAUUACGCACGUCUUUAACAUCGAACCUGGGAGGAAUCCGGAGCUGGGCGACUACGUGAGCAACCCCGACGACGGCAAUCGAUAUAGUGUCCUGGGAUAUGGCAACUGUCUCAUCAUCGCUCGGACGGCGUUUUACAUCCUCCAGGCGGCCGCGCCAGCCGUCCAGCCUUGGAUGAUCUACGCGCUUGCGUACAGCCAAGGCAGGGGCACGCAGGGGCACAUAAACGGUGUCGACUACGGGCCUGUGUCGUACACUCUGGAACAAUACUCUUGGACAGCAGCCAUUUGCGGUUCUCAGGACUCAGAUGUGGUCAAACACUUUUGGAGAAACCUCUUGACUCAGGACAAGACCGAUGAGGAGAUAUUGCAUGAGGCGUGGAAGGGGCCAGGUAACAUGUGGGUGUUCAAACAUCCAAGCAGAUUCCCAGUCGAGGAGACGAUGGCGGUAGAACCGUUCCCUAUCUUUUCUAUCACUGAAUCAACCAACCCAUUUGGAAAGCCCAUGCUCGACAACCUCCCAGUCGACAUCCUGCUCAACACUUGCGAGCACCUCCCCAUACGAUCCACCUGUGCUCUAAUGACCACUUGCAAACGGUUCCGCGCGAACAUCCUCCCACACGCGAACGCCAUAUCCUACCGCCGACUGGUCCAGGACGAACCGUGGUACCUUCCUGUCGGCCCGUUUGACACCCCCCAUGGACACGACGAGGUCGAUUGGUGGGAGAUCAAUUGGUCACAGACACUUGCUGUGCCGAGGGACGCUAUUCGCGACAAGAUCCCAUGGCUGUUGUACCGUCGAGCGUGCAGCGGCAGCAUGAGCAUGUGGAAUCGAAAACGGAUCUGGGAUAUUUCGCGACAGAUAGAGGAAUUAGUUUUCUGGAUUCUAGAGUUGCAUCUUGGCUUCGAGGGUUAUUUCAUCCUCUCACCUAUUCCAAACUUCGAAGUGCAUCACCUCCGAAAACUGAUUUCGGCACAUCUGCUCCUUGCACCACAACAACUCACACAGAUCAUAUUCUGGGACGGUACAGCUGCUCUCAUGAGCUCUAAACCAGGUGGAAUUGCCAAAAAUUUCCGCCAUGAUGUACUGAACCAGGAUCCCGACAUCUGGUAUGAGGACGGGAACGUCGUGCUCUGCACAGAAACCCAGUCGUUCCGCGUACAUCGCAGUAUCCUAGCUGCGCGCUCAACCUACUUCAAAAGGUAUUUCCAGGAGCACGGAGCGUUACCAGAUCACGAAAUACGUCUCCCCGAGCCCGGGGAGGAAAUCAAGGAGCUAAUUUUGGGCCUAUACGAUCCGAGCUUCUUUGAAGGACCGCCACAUAAAACGGAGUUUCGCAAUCUCAUCGUGUUCACCCGCCUGGGGUUCAAAUAUGGCGUGGACCAUCUCGCAAGACGGGCGCUUGAGCAUCUAGCACUCGCCUUCCCGACCUCGCUUGAGCGCUGGGACGAUAACAACUCCGCAACGUUCGAUCGGCGAGCAAUAUCAGCUGCAGACUCUGUAGAAGCUCUCAUCGUGCUGCGUGCGGUACGAGCCACCUGGCUCCUCCCCACUCUGUUCUAUUCCUGCUACAGGGAACAUAGUCUGACACGCAUCAUGGACGCUCCUGCAUGGCAAGAGAUGUCGCACGAGCGGCAGAGAUUCGUCGUCCGAGGAUACGAGGACCACGUCGAUGCCUUGCGCGGGUCGCUUGGGUUCUUUGGGCGCCUGCCGACGGGGGAGUGCAAAACACAUGCUGUGUGCGAAAAAGUCUUCAAAGAGUGGUACCUCGAGACCCUCACCUGGAGAACGCGCCAUCCGCUCUGGAAGAUGACAGCCAAGAAAGACAAGGCGAAGCUGCUGGAGAAGACGUGCAAGAACUGUCGUUGGUGGGCAAAACAGUACCACGCUGAGGAGAGGAAGGCGCUGUGGGAUCACCUGCCGAAGAUGUACGGUUUCCUCCGCACAUGGGAGGGAUUUCAGGAGAAGGAGAAAAGAGCGCUCGCAGAUAUAAAAGCGUUUAUUGAAGAGAGUAAUGACAAGACCCGGUCUGUGCCAAACGACUCGAAAGGAAAACCGUGGACACAAGACGGAAUGGAUUAG